AAUGGAUCCACGAUCUUCAAGAGUUCAUUCUCUCAAUUUCAACUCGCAGAAUCUUAGUAUAAGUCAUCAUGGAUCUCAAAAACAUCAUUCUUCCGUUCCAAGUCUCUUCGACACAAUGGGAUAUCCGGGUACAGGAUGGAGUGGUGACCUCCUUGAGACCAGCUUCCGAUAAGACAACACCAAGCGUAAUGCUUCCCUCACUCUGUCAUCCCCAUAUUCAUCUCGACAAACCAUAUCUUCUCACCUGCAACCAUUCGACAGCCCCGGGCCAUCCGGACUACUCUGAUCUGGCGUCAAAAACGGGAGGGUUUCAGGAAGCCAUGGUCAAUACAGCCGAAGCAAAGAAACGUUACACUGAGGAGGACUUGUACCUACGAGGCUCUCAGCUUAUAGCCACAAGCUAUAAGCAGGGUGUCACAAGCAUGAGAGCUUUUGUUGAAGUAGACACUGUCACUGAACUCAAAACUCUGGAGGUGGGCAUCCGGCUCAAGAGAGAGUUUGCAAGUUUUGGAGGUUUUGUUGAUGUGCAAAUCUGCGUCUUUGCACAAGAUCCCGUAUUCUCGACAGAGCAAGGAGAGGCAAACCGAGCCAUGCUUGAGAAAGCGAUUGUUCAGUUUGGUUCAGAGAUUGAUGUUAUUGGAACUACACCAUAUGUGGAAACAGAUGUUGCAGCGAAACGUCAGAACAUACGUUGGGCUAUCGAAACAGCACUGAAAUAUGGCAAAUACCUUGACUUUCACAUCGAAUUCAGCCUCGAAGGCAAUGGAACCCAUAUGUCUGUCUUUGAGCACAUCAUUGAAGAACUCAAGUUUCUUAAUUGGCCUACAUACCCCGGCGCUCCGACUGUCGUUCUUGGACAUGCUACCAGACUUACUCGGGCUACGCAUAACGAUCUCCUUGGGCUUUCAAGGUCAUUGAGAGAGACGAGAUUGCCUGUGCACUUCGUCGGACUGCCGACUAGUGAUCUCUAUAUGAUGGGGAGACAUGGGCCUGACUAUUCGGAACAGGAUGAACCACUAAGUCGGCCAUGCGGUACAAUCAUGGUACCAAAACUAAUUCAGGAUUACGGAAUCAAUGCCUGCCUGUCAGUUAACAAUGUUGGCAAUCCGUUUACUCCACAUGGUAAUGGAGAUCCUCUUGGGAUAGCAAGCUGGGGUGUUGGAUUGUUUCAUGCUGGAAGAGUUGAGGAUGCAAAGAUACUUUACGAGGCCAUCAGCACAAGAGCGAUGGAUGCUAUAGCUCCAUCGGAAGAGGGAUGUCAAAAGAGAUUUAUAGUAGAGGAAGGGAAACCGUUGCUGCCGAUGCUCUUGUUCAGGAAUGAAGAGAACAUAGAAAUUACUUCGGCUUCUUGGACUACGAUCGAGGUUCCAGCUCGACAAAGGCUUCGGAUUCAGGAUGUUGUUUGGGAUCCACCAGAAACACAACUCAGAAGCAUUAUUCGAUAGGUAACUGCUUAAAUCUAGA